CCCAAUUUCUUUUGCAAUUUUUCUCCUUCAUUUUCCGCGUGCUCAUUAAGCCAAUUCUCCAUCUUCCUCCUCUCUUUUCUUUCCUUGUUCUCAAACCUAGAUCUUCAAACACACACUUCACACACUACAAAACACACACUAGGACGUAUGUAGAGUUGUACAAACUUACGUCACUCUCAUUUUCACUCUACCCCAGAUCUAAAAACUAAAACCCCACUUCCCCAUAAACAGUUUUUUCACACACAAAAACAUACACAAAACACGCACAUUUUCGCAAGAGCCAUCAGAGUUUACUCCUUUCACUGAUCUAAGACCAACCCUUUUCAUAUUUUUGCUUGUUUUACAAUCCCUUUUCAACUUUCCUCCAGAUCUGCUUCCAGCAAUGAGUUAAAGAAAUUUUUUGGAAUUUUAGUUAUAAGUGAAAGAACUGGUUUUUAACAUUAAUUUGACUGGUAGAUUGAUAGGUAUAGUUGUAUGUUGAUGGCAAUGCAAUCUGGGAAUGCGGUGGUGACGGAGAAAAUGCACGGGGGAGGCGGCGGUGGUGGUGAGAUGAUGAUGAUGCAGCAGCAGCAGCAGGGGAGGGGGCAACAAUGGUGGCAUAAUUAUCAGCCUGCAGGGCAGCAGCAUUUGGUGCAAAUGGAUGAGAGGGAGGGGUUUAUGUUAUGGUUAAGGGGAGAAUUUGCAGCGGCGAAUGCGAUAAUUGAUGCAUUGUGUCAUCAUCUGAGGGUGGUGGGAGAGCCAGGGGAGUAUGAUGGGGUGAUUGGAUGCAUACAGCAAAGGAGGUGUAAUUGGAAUUCAGUUUUGCAUAUGCAGCAGUAUUUUUCUGUGAAUGAAGUGGCUUAUGCUUUGCAGCAAGUGGGAUGGAGGAGGAAUCAGCCGCAGAGGGGGGGUUUUGAAGGGAGUGGUAAAGGGGGGAAAGAGUAUAGGAGGGGUGGUGGUGGGAGAGGAGGGCAGAGAUGGGAGGGGUUUAAAGAAGGGAAAGAAGGUCAACAUGGGCAAAAUUUGAGUAAUAAUGAAGGGACUCUAGUGAACGGUAAGGAAAUGAAUGUGAAUGGGAAUGAGAAUUUGGAGAGUGGUGAGGGAAGAGUAGGGAAUGGAAAGGUGGAGGAGAAGAAAGAGGCAGUUGUCAAACCUGAAGUGGAUAGUUCAGUUGAAGGCACAGGAAGCAGACAAGCAGUCUCCUCUGGUUCAUGUAACAUGGAAAAUGAAACUCACUCUGAGCGCAUACCACAACAAGAGCAGAACCUUACAGUUACUCCAAAAACAUUUGUUGCUAAUGAGACAUUUGAUGGAAAAAUGGUUAAUGUGGUUGAUGGACUGAAACUAUAUGAAGAAAUUUUUGAUAACUCAGAAGUUUCAAAACUUGUUGCAUUGGUAAAUGACUUGAGAGUUGCUGGCAAAAGAGGACAGUUUCAGGGACAAACAUUUGUGGUCUCUAGGAGACCCAUGAAGGGUCACGGCAGGGAAAUGAUUCAAUUUGGCCUGCCCAUUGCUGAUGCACCCCCUGAAGAUGAGGCUUCAUCAGGGACCUCUAAAGAUCGGAAAAUGGAACCAAUCCCUAGCUUGUUUGAAGAUAUUAUUGAACGUUUGGUUGCCUUGCAAGUUGUUAGUGUGAAGCCAGACUCUUGCAUCGUUGACAUAUUCAAUGAGGGUGAUCACUCACAGCCACAUACAUGGCCUCAUUGGUUCGGAAGGCCAGUGUGUGUUCUGUUCUUGACAGAUUGUGAAAUGACAUUUGGCAAGAUAAUUGGGAUAGAUCAUCCAGGGGAUUACAGAGGAUCCUUGAGACUUUCGCUUACACCUGGAUCCCUGAUGCUACUUGACGGAAGAUCCUCGGAUUUUGCCAGACAUGCAAUCCCCUCCAUCCGGAAACAGCGUAUUCUUGUCACCUUAACAAAGUCACUGCCAAAGAAGAUUACAUCCAGUGAUGCUCAACGUUUUCCUUCCUCGGCUCCAGUUCCUUCUCACUGGGUUCCACCUCCAAGCAGGUCACCUAAUCAUAUUCGGCAUCCUGUCGGCCCAAAGCCUUUUGGUCCAGUGCCCACAAAUGGUGUAUUGCCAGCUCCACCUGCUCGUCCACCAUUACCACCUCCAAAUGGCAUCCAACCAAUUUUUGUCCCUGCUGCAGUUGCCCCAGCCAUACCUUUUCCUGCACCUGUUGCUCUGCCUCCCGCUACUGCUGCAUGGCCAGCAGCCCCUCCAAGGCACCCCCCUCCUCGCUUGCCAGUCCCUGGCACUGGAGUUUUUCUUCCUCCAUCUGGUUCUGGUAAUUCAGCAAAUCAAUCCAGUGUAUCCACCCCAGCAACUGAAAAUGCUAAUAUGGAGGCAUCGUCCCUUGCAGAAAAGGACGAAAGGGAGGGGAAUUCAAAAGUUGACAAUGCUUCUCCAAAAGUUGCAGUCAGUGAAAAGGUGGAACAGCAAGAAUGCAACGGGAGCACCGAUGAAAUUGAUGGCAAGAAAUCAAUAGGGAAGGAAGAGCAGCAUGACAGUGUUGAUUUGAAGGCAACCGGGGGAUCAGUGUAGAGUUAAGAGAAAACAAGGAGGAGCUGGCGGUGAAGAUGCACAUUUUGGGAGAAGUGUAGGCUCGAAAAUAUAGUUGAGUUUUGAAGCAAAUGUAAAGAGCGGCAAAAUUGAUACUUACACUUUUCACACCUACAGCAGGGCAUGGGGAAAGGUGUUAAUCUGGUCUUUUGUCUAAUGCCUCUGCUUGCUGCUGCUUUUUUGUUGUGUCUAUACUAUAUGGAUUCUUAAAGAGUAUUUAUUAGCUAGGGGACUAGUUCACACAAUUUCAAAGUAGUUCCAUCUCCUAGACACUUUUCUAGGCUCUAACGAGUACAAUAUCUGAUCUUGCUUCCA